CUAGGUGGCGGUGUUUUGCGUCUAGACAGCAGGAAGUUAAAUAACAUCCACAUCACAUCCGUGAACCAGAACAGCAACAAAAAGGUUCUUCGAUCAGUCCCACCAAAGUUCUGUUCAGACAGUUUAUAGAUGCCAUCUGGAGCUCCAACGGGGGAGAACUGUCUUGUAGACAUGGAGAGCAAAGCUGGAGACCUGUUCAGUGCUGAGGAUGCUCAUCCAACUGGCACAGGUGGAGCUGGAAUCUUGGCAAAGCUCUGGCUCCCCAAAGGCCUCUCAGUCGGUAUGGCUAAAGAGUGGAUCGACAGGCGUCGAGUGUCCAUUCGACCAUGGGCCAGCUUCGUGGACCAACGCAAGUUUUCAAAACCCCGCAACUUUGGAGAGUUGUGUCAGAGGGUGGUGAAAAACGUGGAAACGUUUAACAGCAACUAUACCUUCAUCUUCCUGGGUCUAAUCCUCUACUGCAUUAUCAGCUCUCCCAUGCUACUGAUUGCCUUGGCUGUGUUCGCUGGUGCCUUCUACAUAAUUCACCUCAAGUCCUUAGAGUCCAAACUGGUUGUCCUCGGCAAGGAGCUGACUGUCCCUCACCAGAUGAGUCUGGCCGGAGCUGUUUCUCUACCUGUGUUCUGGUUGGCCGGAGCUGGAGCUGCAGUCUUUUGGGUUCUGGGAGCGACGCUGUUUGUGAUUGGCUCUCAUGCUGCGUUCCGUGAGCUGGAGGGAUCCGACUUUGAAGAGCUCCUAAUGGAGCCUGUGUGAAAAGCAGGCUGAACCCUCAGCGUGUGCUGGUCGACGAUCAGUCAUCACUUUGACCCUGUAAUCACGUUAGCCCUGGGGGGUUGAGGAAGAGCUGCUCCUGGAUCUGUUCCUUAGCUAUCUGUGCAUCCCAUAUUCCCUGUAUUAGAAUGCACCUUGUCUUGCCUCUAAAAUAGUUGUUGUUGUUACAGUCUAUAUUGCCUUUUAUUCAAACUCAUUCAUACACAUAACAUAAUUUCUUAAUAAGUAUUUAAGCACAUACAAAUGUUAUGCCUUUCCCUGCAUAUGUUAUACCUUGAAUGCCUCUGGUUUGUGUCAAACAGCCUCUCGCUCCCUGCAAUGUCCCUUACACAGUGACAUAUCUUCAAUUCAGGAAUCUCUUAUAUUCUUUAUCGUGAUGUAGACAUCUUUAGAAAUAGCUUCUGUGUCUAAACCAUCUGACAAGAUUGCUGCUGACGUAUGUAAAGAUAAUGUAUACAAUAAAUUCAAUGUUUGCAAUUCUAAACUGCUACAAAAAAAAUAUAAAUUUUCCAAAGGACAAGUGCCAUUUAAAGCUUUCAAAAUCUCGUAUAUAAUGAUCAAUACUAAAUGUUUUAUUCAACAGAAUACAAAAACACAUUUGGUAUCUCAGAUAGGGUACAUAACAUAGAUCGGUUGAUGAGAAGACAUCUUAAAAGGUCAGUACAUAGUAAUCGUGUUUGGUAUUAGGGAUAAUAUGGUACUUUGGUGACUGUUUUUGUGCAUAUUUAUCAGCUCUACUUACAACAUUCUACAGAUGUAAAGGUCAUUCUUUAAACCUGAAUUAUUUCUUCUUUUUUUUUUAAAUUCAUUAUUCGUUUGUUUACAUUUUGAUGUAAGCUGGGUGUUUUUGUAUUGAAAUUACAUUUUUGGAAGUGCAAUAAACCUGAUGUAAAGAUUGA